CUUUAGCCACAAGAAUACGACUUAUAUUUAGGUUUAGACAUUUAGUACUCAUUCCCUAUAACAUGUCCUAUCUACCUAGCCCUAGAUCUGUCAUUUGGUUCCGCCAAUGGGCAUCGUUUAGCAAGGGAAGGGGGAUACCUAUAUUUAGUGCAUCUAUGCAGUUACGUGGAAGGUAAUCAAUCGUCCAAGACAUAAAUCACUGUUCGCGCAGCCGGACAAACAAGUUCAUGUUUGUUUGAGCAUUUGAUAGCUUUUGAAUAAACAAGUUGGUGAUUUACAUAUCGUUUUGUUAGGGGAAAACAAAGGUUUAAGAGGAUCCUUAACAAUGGCAGAACAAGAUGAAGCGAGGGCGCGGAGUGACGACGAGGCCGACGGCAACAGCUCAAGUUCGGACCAGCCUGCGACCAGUGGCUCCAAGUCCGUGGUGAUGCCGUGCACCUCCACCACGGACUCCAUGGGCCGAGAGUACUCGGAACCAACGAGAGUAUACACGUAUUUUACUGAUGAAGAGUCUAAUGAGAGCGAGGACCAGACGCGGUACCUCACAGUCACUUACACAGCUGAAGACACCGCGGAGGAAAUCGCCACAGCCACCCUCAUCAUUAAGCGGCAAGACCACGUCGAUCAGUUCCUACCCUUCGUCGGAGCCCUGCUCCGGAGUAUCCAGGACGAACAAAUCAAACUGAAGCUCAUGGAAGAUAUAUCUCAGAUUCUGAUUAAUGCUAAGACAGAGGAAAUACAGAGGAUGCGAUAUCAAUUAUAACUGGUCGUUUCAUUUCUGUCUUUUGUAA